AGUAAAUCUAAUACAUUUUCUAUUGUAGCUCCAUGUGCUCCAGUCAGUGUGGGGGUCACUAGAGACUGUGCAUCGAAUCACGUGAUAGUAAGCUGGCAGGCCCUUCAGGAUGGGAGUCUGUACACAGCAGUACUGCAGGAUGAACAUGGACCCACAGUUAAUUGCAGCACCAGCUCUAACAACUGCACAUUCGCAGACCUGCUCUGUGGAAUGAACUACAACGUCACAGUCACAAGGAAUGAUGGUCAAUGCAGGAGUCUGCCAUCCACACCCAUUCAGAUACAGUCAGCUCCCUGUGACCCUCAAAACAUCACAACUGUGCUCCAGUGUGACACCAACACGGCCAACGUGACAUGGGCUGCCAGCGCAGGAGCUAAUGGGUACACAGCAAUGGCAACAGACGGGCAGCAGCAACGCUUAGCUUCUUGUCACUCUAUGGGAACCUCCUGUCAGCUGACCUCUCUGCCGUGUGGGAUGAGACUAAAUGUGACUGUCCAAGCUGAUGACACCACCUGCAACAGCAGCUCUCAACCUAAAGCUGUGGUGGUAACAG